UUUUUCUCUUUUACGUUUGUAUAAUGUUUUUUUUAAUUGCUUUCUCACAUUUUCUUUUGCUUUUAUUUCCUGAAAAAACCCUAUUGGAGAACCUAUAAAUGGGCUCUUCAGAUUUGAGAUUUUGGUUUGGUUAUUGUAUAUAUUGUAUUGGAAAAGGCUUCACAGAGAACAAAGCGAGGGUUUUGUGAAGUGAGGGUUUUGUGUAGUGAGAGAAAAGACGAAAACAAAGCUUUUUAGAAAGAGAAAGCUAAAAAUUCAGUCACUGAAGAGAGAAUUUAGCUGUGUCUCUACUAGGGCUUCAUUUGAUUUUAGUGUAUUAAUUUAUCAAGGGUUGCUGCUAGGGAUAUAGGUGAUGAAUCCGUGCCUAUCCGCCAGCGAUAACAUUGGAGCCAAUCAAGUUAUUAUUGAUGAUAUGAUUAUAUGCAUAACUAUUAUUGAUGAAGGUGGUCUUUCUAACUUGCCACCUAGACAUAUGAGUAGUUUGCUAGCAUCAUUUCCUAGUACUCCAGAUGCUUCUAUUGGUUAUGCUCCUGGCUCAUACCCAUCUAACCAGAUUAUGAUCAGAGUUGUAGGGGGAAAGUAAGUAGCAUUAUUUUACAUUAGAUAUCUUAUUUCUUAACGUAAAUAAUCUAAGGGAUUCAGUUUUAAAUAUGAUGAAAAAUGUUAAUUUUUAGUCUUUUUCUUUUUAGGUUCAUUCUAAUGGUCAUACUAUUUCGACCUAUAUCACAAGCACCUUUAGGGAGCGACAGGAUGCUACUGGUUACACAUGGAAGGAAGUCUCUCCAUCAACUCAUGACUUCUACUGGCAGGAAUUUAUGAUAAUUAAAAAAUAUAUAUAUACUUACUGUUAUUGAUAUAAUUAUUUUAAUAACUGAAAUACUUAUUUUUUUGAAAAAAUAUCAAUGGAAUGCAACUGUUGAUGGCAUAAUUAAGGAUACUUGGGAUAAAGUGGCAUCUCUCCUGCACAAUAAGAAAUUAUACACUUGGCGAAAGAAAGGAACAAAACAUAUAGAUGUUGUACAGGAUAUAUGGGAUAGCUCGAUGACACACUGGUCCACUCUAGAGUGGAUUGCUAAAUCCCGUAUCGCUGCUCAAAAUUGGCGUAGCGGGACUGAUGGUUCAAGCACUGAUUUAAGCAAGCAUAUUGGUGGUUCCAGUUCUAUUGUGGAGCACAAUCUGAAAAUGGCGGAAGAACUGCACUGUGAUCCUAAUUUAUGGGAGGUGUUUAAAAAGUUACAUAAAAAAAAUGAUGGAACCUUUGUUGAUGCUAGGUCUCAGAGCAUUAAUGAUCAAAUGGAGGCUAUGGUGGUUGCUGCUACUACUGAUGCUACUUCGAACUCACAGGAUGACGAUUCACAAGAGAUCUCAAUCAAUGUGAAUCGCCUAUGCUUGGAUAUUGUGGGUGGAGAGAAGAAGCAGCGCGUGUACGGUUUGGGCUCUCAUGCUUCAACUUUGUACCCAGACUCAUUCAGUAGCUCUGCCACUUCACGCAGGACAGCUACGGUGAUAGAUAAUGUUACUAAUGAGCGCAUUAGAGUGCUUGAGGAGGAGAUUGUGCGCAAGAAGGAAAAUCAAGAGCGAAUUCUCAAGCAAUGCAUUGAGGAUGAGGUAUCGCGCCUCAGGCAACAGAGUGAAGAGCAGUUUCGCUCUAUGUAAAAGGAUAAGGCGUAUGAUGAGGCAAAUGGCGUUAUCAUCCCGCCCUUUAUGUGAUUCUGUUGAUCCCCAUGAUCAAAGCACACCGAAUCUGUAGUUUGAUAUUAUUUAUAUAGAUUUGCUAAUUGAACUUAUUAUUCAUAUGGUUAACAUAAUACUCUUAUAUAAUAUAUGGCAUUUUUAUUUACUAA